AAAAAUCUCCUUUAUUCCGUGCCGUGAACUUUGUACAGCCCGUUCAUUCAGAUAAUCGAGAGAAGAAUCAUCCCGAUUCCGAAGCUUUAGGAGAGUUUUUGGUCUAGCAUCUUUUCAUUCACCUGCCAAGUACACACAUGUGAUCUCUUGCAGCAACUGCACAGUAACGUGAUGAUCGUUGGCAUGCUGUGUCUCACCUGAGGUUGUUCUUUGUGCACCAAGGGCUAUCUUUUCUUUCUCAUAAAAUACGAAGAGAAGCCCGGCGAAAGGAACAACAGUAGAGAAGAAGGUUGAGCUCGUAAUUAAACCAAGGCAGUUCCAAAGGAGGAAAAAUCAGAAACUGAAACCAAGCACAAAGAAAGGAAAAAUAUCUUUCCAAGAGUGGAGAAAGGAUAUAGAAUGUGUGGAUCAGUACAGUGUUGCUGUCAAUAUGAGUCAUCAAACUUCGGAAACGGCCUACAAAGAUCCAGAUACAUGUCCAAAACACGGCUACAACCUCCAAUGGCGAACAUGUCUACGAUGUGAUACCAUUAAACUGUACAACCAGAACUCAAUAGCAAGUCUUAUAGAUCUCGGCGGCAAAUUCAGUCGGGAAUUUAAUCAGCAAUAUUCGGAAGCGACUGAGCCAGCGAUGAAGAACUUCCCCGCGGAGGAUCCUUAUGACUCUGACUCAUUUGACCGUCCCAGAAACUACUCUGAGCGAUGUGCUUUGACUCCAGCGACGGCAUGGGUGUUGCAAAAGAGAAAUCAUCAAAGCCCAGUAAAAGACGCAAUCUGCCUCGGGAGUCUCGAAGUGGAUCAUUUAGACGUUGAGGCACGAAUGAAAACCGUAGAGCCCGCGAUCGACAUGUCAGUUUCGCAGGAAAGGCUCGAUCAAGGCGUACUAAUGUAG